GCAGUUAAACCAAUCACAGCUCGAGCCUGAGCACCACCCGGAAAUGUGUUCGUUGCUCUGCUUGUGUGUCAAGCAAGACCACGUACAUCGUGUACAAAACAAAACAAAACAAAACAAUACAAUACAGGUUGACUUGAUCUGACUGAAUUCUCAAAUGGCCUCAGACGAUGCAUACAAAGUGUCUUCCCUGAAGGGAAAAGUGAGCCUGAUCACCGGUGCCAGCUCAGGUAUCGGCGCAGGCACGGCCGUCCUGUUUGCCAAACUUGGAGCUGUUCUGGCUCUCAAUGGCAGAAAUGUGGAGAGUCUGAAAAAGGUGGCCAAGGAGUGUGCCGAGUGUGGUGGAGGAACUGAGCCCUUGCUUUUGCCCGGCGACCUGACGGACGAGGACACGGUGAAGAGGACGGUGGAGGACGUCAUCGCGCGCUUCGGCCGACUGGACGUCCUGGUGAACAGCGCCGGCAUCCUGGCCAUGGGCGGCAUCGAGACGUCAGACUUGGCGACGUACGACAGGGUUAUGAACAUCAACGUCAGAUCUGUGUACCAGCUGACCCAACUCUGCGUGCCUCACCUGGUCAAGACCAAAGGCUCCGUCGUCAACGUAUCCAGCGUCAAUGGACAGAGAUCGUUCCCUGGCGUCCUGGCCUAUUGUAUGUCCAAGUCAGCCAUUGAUCAAUUCACUCGCUGUGUCGCGCUGGAACUGGCGUCGAAGCAAGUUCGAGUCAACUCAGUGUGUCCUGGUGUGAUUGUCACAGAAGUGCACAAGAGGGCAGGACUGGAUGAAGAGCAGUAUGCUAAGGAAUUGAUCUGGAAUUGUGGGCGCCCUCUAGUGGUACGUGAAGGAAUCUACAGUUCAGUUGCAUUUAACUUGUUCCUAGAAAAGUGCAAGCAGACUCACGCACUUGGCCGACCGGGCGAAGUGGACGAGGUGGCCCACAGCAUCGCCUUCCUGGCAUCGGACGCAGCUACUUUCAUUACCGGAGUCAACCUUCCCAUUGAUGGCGGCCGCCACGCUAUGUGCCCACGAUAAACCUUCACUGUAUAAUUAGGAGAUAAAAAAGUAAGCCUACCUCUGAAUUUUGUUUCCGAAUAGUUGAGUUAUUCCAAAUUCAAAAGAGCAUUUUGAUUGGUGCUAAAUAUAAAAAUGAUAACUGUAGCUUUAGAAAAUAAAAAUUUUAUUGAACAAAA